AUGAAUUGGCUCGAGCGAGGCUGCGUCCGAGUAGCCCCGGCCUUCCAGCGCCCGGCCGCCAAGAGUUGCCUCGUGAGCAGCAUGCUGCGCCAGGGCCACCUGUCACAUGCGGCGUCCGUGCACCUCCUCGGUGCGCAGCAGUCGACCGCCACGCCGCUCCUCGAGGAGCUCUCGGCCACGGAGCGCAAGAACCACGCUGUGCUGGAAGAAUUUACCAAGAACUCGUCGGCGUACCGCUUCCGCCCGAGCCUCUUGCAGCCGUUCGCGGCCGUUGCGAGCGCGACCUUUGGCACCGUCCUACGCACGCUCUCGCCCACAACAAGCCAGUCGUACGCGGCCGGCGUCAAGCUCGCGAUCGCCGACUACUACAACGACCAGAUCCGCGAGAUCUACGCCGAGCUCGACAACGCGCCCGAGGCAGCGCCGCUCAAAGAGCUCUUCAAGUCGCUGCGGGACGCCGAGCUCGACGACAUUGAGCGGAUCUUUCCCUCCAUCGAGGACGCCAAGGCCGACCAGACCGUGCAGUACGCGCGCCAGGCGACCAUGCUCGUGCUGAGCCCAUCGCAGACAUUGUAA